UUCCGAUGGGGGAUCUGACGGUGGGAGGUCGUUUUAGGGUUUGGCACUGUGCUUGGUUUACUCGCGAGUUCGUGCCCCAGGUCGUCCUCUUCUCAAGCCCCAUCGCUACAACAGAUCUGUCUCCCGGCGGGCUUGUCUCCAUCGACAACCAUGGGUAUCGAUUUGAAGGCCGGUGGCCGCAACAAGAAAACCAAGCGUACCGCUCCCAAGAGCCAGAAUGUCUACCUGAAGCUUCUCGUUAAGCUUUACAGGUUCUUGGUCAGGAGGACUGACGCUCCCUUCAACAGUGUUGUCUUGAAACGUCUGUUCAUGAGUAGGACGAACAGGGCUCCUCUUUCUAUGAGUCGCCUUGUCAAGUAUAUGACUGGAAAGGAGGGCAAGAUCGCUGUGUUGGUUGGAACCAUCACCGAUGAUGUCCGACAAUUCGAGGUACCAGCGUUGAAGGUAUGCGCAUUGCGUUUUACCGAAACUGCUCGUGCCCGAAUCCUGAAGGCUGGUGGGGAAUGUUUGACUUUUGAUCAGCUUGCGCUGCGUGCACCAACAGGGUCCAACACUGUCCUUCUUCGGGGUCCCAAGAACGCUCGUGAGGCAGUCAAGCACUUCGGAGCACCUGGUGUGCCUCAGAGUCACGCUAAGCCCUACGUGCGCUCUAAGGGACGCAAGUUUGAGAAGGCUCGUGGUCGUCGUAACAGCAGAGGCUUCAAGGUCUAAAGACAUUGUUUCCGUCGUAUUGAGUAGAGGAGUCCCUCCACCCAGAUUGGCUGGAGAUAAAAUUAGGUUUGCAUACAGAUGUUCUGUGUUCUUUCGCCUGUCAUACCGCUCUUAUGAUAUCUGGUUGGUGUACUCCUGUCUCGAAUCUAAUAGCCUUCAAUGCGCAAACAGGAAUUUGCAAUUCCACUUGGGCUCCAGUUUUCCUUAGCCCAUUGGGCC